CUGGCUCGGCUUCGGCGCGCGGGGCUUCGGCGACUUCCUGCAUGGCUCCCGGGACGGCCGGGCUGGGCAGUGCCCGGCCCCAGCUGGACAAGCAGUUCCUCCGGCGCUUUCUAAAGAUCCAAGCAAUUUUAUUUCCUAGAUUCUCUUCCCAGAAUGUGCUGAUGUUCCUGACCUUGCUCAUAGUUGCCCUCUUGGAGCAGCUGGUCAUUUACCAGGUGGGUGUGAUCCCCAGCCAGUAUUAUGGAGUUCUGGGGAGCAAAGACCUUUCUGGGUUCCAGAACGUGACUGCUGUUGCUCUGAUUCUCAUUGUGUUGAACUCAGUGCUGAAGAGCUUUGACCAGUUCAUCUGCAACUUGAUGUAUGUGAGCUGGAGAAAGGUGCUCACUGAAUAUCUCCAUGGCUACUACUUUCAGGGUCAGGUGUAUUACACAUUGAACAUGCUGCAUGAGGACAUUGAUAACCCAGACCAGAGAAUCAGUCAGGAUGUGGAGAGGUUCUGCAAACAGCUGAGCUCCAUGGCCAGUAAGGUGAUUGUUGCCCCCUUCACUCUUGCGUACUACACCUAUCAGUGCUUUCGCAGCACUGGCUGGUUGGGUCCUGUCAGUAUCUUUGGUUAUUUCAUCAUUGGGACAAUCGUCAACAAGAUCCUAAUGAGUCCUAUUGUUUCAACACUGGUUCAGCAGGAGAAGUUGGAAGGCAAUUUCAGGUUUAAGCAUAUGCAGCUGAGAGUGAAUGCUGAAUCUGCAGCUUUCUAUCGAGCUGGGCCAGUGGAGCACAUGCGAACCAACCGCAAGCUACAGAACCUCCUGCAGACCCAGAGGGAGCUGAUGGGCAAAGAGCUGUGGCUGUACAUUGGGAUCAACACUUUUGACUAUCUGGGCAGCAUACUGAGUUAUGUGGUGAUUGCAAUUCCCAUCUUUGGUGGCGUCUAUGGUGAUCUGGAUCCGGCAGAACUGAGCUCAUUGGUCAGCAAGAAUGCCUUUGUCUCUCUGUACCUGAUUGGGUGUUUUAGCCAGCUCAUUGACCUUUCCACCACUGUGUCUGAUGUCGCAGGUUAUACACACAGAAUUGGAGAACUGCAGGAGAUGUUGCUGAAACUCUCCAAGAAACAAAAUGAUUGUGAAUUGCAAGCGAAAUGGGACUUCAACAAGUCUUUCAUGAACGACCUUUGCGUCAGUGUUUCUAAGGAACAAGCAACACCAACCGACACAGCCUUCUUCCUGGAGCAGGUCUCUCUCUCUGCUCCGUCUUCUGAGAAGCUGCUUAUCAAAGACCUAAACCUGAGAGUCACACAAGGGAACAGUCUGCUGGUUACGGGGAACACGGGCACAGGGAAGACAUCUUUGCUGCGUGUCCUCGCUGGCCUUUGGGAAAGCAAGCAGGGGGAUGUCCACAUGCUAACCUGUUUUGGCCCCCACGGGGUGGUGAUCUUGCCACAGAGGCCUUUCUUCACAGACGGGACGCUGCGUGAACAGGUGAUUUACCCUCUGAAGGAGAUCUAUCCAGUUUCAGGGUCUGCAGAUGAUGAAAGGAUACUGAAAUUCCUGGACCUGGCCGGCCUGUCCGAUUUGCUAGUGAGGACAAGAGGCUUGGAUCAGCCAGUAGACUGGAACUGGUAUGAUAUCCUGUCCCCAGGGGAGAUGCAGAGGCUGUCUUUUGCCCGUCUUUUCUAUCUCCAGCCCCAAUAUGCAGUGUUGGACGAAGCAACCAGUGCUCUGACAGAGGAUGCUGAGAAUGAGCUGUACAGGAUCUGUGCACAGUUGGGGAUGACUCUGGUUAGCGUUGGGCACCGCAGCAGCCUGGAAAAGUUCCAUAGCUGGAUAUUGAGACUGUGUGGAGGAGGAAAAUGGGAACUAACAAGAAUCAAGAAAGACUGAGCCUGCCAUGGACAACAGAAAAUGGAAUGAAAAGUUCAGAUGGGACAGUUGCCAAAGUGCCUUGGAAGCAGCAUGCCUUAGG